CGACUAUACUGAUUUCGUUUUGAAAAAGUUAUUAUUAUAAAUUUAGUAAUGGUGGAAUUUUCCACGUUGAAAACAAAAUAAUGCUACCGAAGUUGUUUCAGUGGUUGCUUGCAGGGGGGACAUUUGUUGCUGUAUGGAUUGGUCUCAUACUCGGUUACAUUGACUCCGACAUAAACGAUUCCACAAAAGAUGUUAUUCUCUUUUUACCAGUAUUCGUGAUAGUGGCCUUUGCAAUAUAUUCAGUAGCUGUGAUAGCAUAUAGAGUGGCAACAUUUAAUGACUGUCUAAAAGAUUCUGAAGAACUAAAACAAGAUAUAGCAGAUGCUAAAAAAGAUCUUACAGCAAAAGGCAUGAAAUUUGAUUGACAGGACAUACUUAUUAUCUACACAAAAAAGACCAGAUCUGCAUGCUUGAAGCUUGAAGACGUCAACAUGUUGUUGGGAUUCGGAAAUACUGUUGUAUUGGCUAUUUUGAGAUGUAUUUAUUUUUUUAGAUUAACUUAAAAGAAGGAAAUGAGACAAAAUUACAGAAGAUGUUUAACAUCCAAUGAAUGUGUUUUACUUCUUGAAUUAUUUAUCGCAAGAAGGCCAUGUCUUAUAAAGACAACAAGUGUUUAAGCCCAAAAGAAAUAUUCGGUGAAAAAUACACUGAGAUAUAACAUUUCAAAUAUAAGGUUUUUGAAGAAAUCAGUUAAUGUACAAAUAGCUCUAAAGACUUAUUAGUGCCCUGGAUGACCAGCCCAUAUGACUUCUGGAUACUGUACACACAGAGAAAACGUCCUGGUACUGGUAACAGUUUGCCUAGAGUUUCCUUUUAACUUGAUUGAUUUUCAUAGGAUAAAGUGUGACACUGACAGCAAAAUGCGUUUUUCUGAACAAAACAUGCAGUAAGUUCUUAGUACUUUUCUCAAACACUGCCCAACUGCUUUUUCAUGGAAGAGGUGUAAAUAAUGUAUGCACUUUUGUAGUUGGGCGAGGUGUUUGAGAAAAAUACUAAGAACUGAUGGGAAACACUUUGUCUUAAGGAAAGCACUCAUUUUGCUGUCUUAGACACUUCUUCAUCUUAUGGAAAUCCGUCCCAAGUAAAGUGGAAAAUACAGGCAAACUGUUAACUGGAUCGGGACGUUUUCUCCUUAUGUACAGGAUCCAAAAGUCACGUGGGUUGGCCAUCCCAAUGCCACUAAUAUCUUGAUCUGAUCUUGUUAUUUUUACAUUACUAAGGACAAAUAAAGGUUGACUAAUUUGGAUACAGUGAUAUAUAGUUACUCUUCAUAAAUUAAAAAUGUGAUAUUUACUACAAAUGCAACAGUAUAGUUUUUAUUAUUACAUAGAUGUGCAGAUUAUUUCAUGGGUCCAGUUCCGCAACUUGAUAUUUGUUGAUAUUUAGCAAGUAUUGUCUUCAUAUACGCAUAUAUUUUUGAAAUUGUUUUUUAUUUAUUUUGUUGUAAUAUAGUCCUUGCAGUUAAAGGGACUUCACUUUGUUUAUGGAAUAACUGGUAUUUGAAAGUGCUUGAAUAUUUUGAACUUUUUAAAAGUUGAAAGACGGAAGUAGUUAGUGUUACUUUAACUCGGUAUAACUUAGAAUUUGUUUAGAAAUUAUAAUGUAGAUUAAAUCUAUAAUAUUCUUUAAGAUCACAGAACACAUCGUCAAGUUAGCAAAAUAACAGCAGUCUCCGUUUGAUUUAGUCUGAUCAUAAGAGUGAUGAAAUGUACAACAUCCCUCACACCUUCUGUUAUGGGCUUAAACAAAACUUUAUUUGGAGAAAAAUAUUGAAUACCGGUAGACGCCGAACAGAAAUAAGACAAACACCGAGUUCAAGUAUGGAGUCGCUUUUUACAUCUGACACACUGCAUUUAUAAGGCUAAGGUUAAGUUUUGCAAACAGGUCUUGUUCAGUUUGAAUUAACAGUCAAAUUUUGUUCGCUCGAAUUAGAUGUGACCAGUAAAAUUUUCCCAAAUUAUCGGUAGUUCAAGCCGUUGAACGGUUUACAUUAUAAAUGGAUUUUGCUAAGACCUGACAGUGAGUUUGAACAAUAGUAUUCAAAUAAUCAGGUUUGAAGCGAACAAAUUUUGACUGUAUGUCAUCCUGUAGAAAUCCAUAUUUGAUAAAGUACCUAUACAACUUAACGAGUCAUAUACAGAAUAAAGAUAGUUUUAAGUUUUUAUAUUACAUGAUUCAUCAGUCAAUAUUUUUAUGAUUUUUUUUUACCGAAAUAGGCUAUGGAAAAUACCUCGGUCAAAAUAAAUGUUUUGAUGAUAAAAUCAGAACUUUUUUCUUAGUGACAAAUUUUAAGUGCCAAAAGAAGUGUUAUAUUAAGGUGCCAUUAUCUUUUGAUUUUAGACUUUUCUUUAUAGCUUCUUUUUAUUACAAUAACAGCGACAAAGUAGUUCCAGGUAGAUCUAAACAUUAUAAGCCUAGAAAAACAAAUUGAUUCUUUUACAGUAUUGUGCCUGAAUUCAUGUCAUUUUUUGAUAAUUUUGAAAAAUAUAGGUAAUUAUAGUCUUGUUUUUCUCUGGUCAGGGUUUUUAAAAGAAUUUUUUUUUUUUUUUUUUCAAAAUUGAAAACCUUUGGGUUUCAUGUGGUAUUCCAGUUAUCAGUAUUUGCAUACAAGUUGAAUAGAAUAUAUGAUAAUUUUUGUCACAUAUUUUUCACUUGAUAAUAGAUGUUUGUCAGAUUUGACAAGGAUGGUGUAUUGAUCUGUUGACAGGAAUGCUGAUGUAUGUAAAUUGUGUAAAUGCUGGUAAUUUACUACUUGUACAUAAUAUUGAUUGCAUCCAGCAAAUCAGUUUUCACAUCCCGACUUGUCUGUGUAUUUCCUAGGUCUGUAACAUUUGUAGUUUCACAUUUAGACUUGAAGAGAUUAUUCUCCGAACAUAACUUUUUAAUCUAGAAUAUCAUAAUUUUCAAAACAUACUGAAAGGUCGGCAGCGAGAUAAAAAUAAGAAAUUGGUGUCAGCAUUACAGAAGUAUGAUGAAAGGCACAGAACAACAUUCCUGCUGUUCUGUAAAAGCACAUAUUUUCACAGGGUAAAAAUUUAGGGAGUUUGACAUUUCGAGUAUAUUGGCUAAAUUGUAAGAAUGGUAUCCUACUUGAAUUUUACGAAUGGUAAAUAUUUAUGAGGAUUAAUUUUCGCAAAAUGUAGGACAUCGUGAAUGUAGAGAAAAUUAAACCCACACGAAAAUUUCUGUUUUUACAGUAUUACAUGCAAUUUCUGUUGCAUAACUAAUGCUUUUGAAUACUUUCUGUAUAUGAUACAGACUACAUUGGUAAUUUUAGAAAUAAAUACUAUACAAAACUCAAUGAAUUACCUUAUCUUUACUUUAUAUUUACAUUGACUAUCAAAGUUUUAUAGAUUUCCACAAACUUCUUUAAAGGAAAUUUUUCUCUUAAAUUCAUUAUUUACCAUCAUAUGUUUAGUCAUAGGUUGCAUACUUGUCACUGUUGAAAAGCAAAAUAAAUUUUAUGCCUAAGGUUUCUUUUAGAAAUAAAUUUUGAAGAUAAAAAUCCCAUUUUUUUUGUGUUCUCUUUGUACACAAAGUGGUUUAAAAAUAUCUACACUUUUUUAAAAUACAGAAAUGAUUUGUGUAGCUGUAAGUAGGACUUUCAUGCCUUGUGUGACAUAUUUGAGCCGUGCCAUGAGAAAACCAACAUAGUGGGUUUGCGACCAGCAUGGAUCCAGACGCAUCUGCGCAGUCUGGUCAGGAUCCAUGCUGUUCGCUUUCAAAGCCUAAUGGAAUUAGAGAAACUAAUAGCGAACAGCAUGGAUCCUGACCAGACUGCGUGGAUGCGCAGGCUCGUCUGGAUCCAUGCUGGUCGCAAACCCAUUAUGGUGGUUUUUCCAUGGCACGGCUCAUUUUAUAAGAUGAAACAUUAGGUAAGUAAAAACAACUUGUAUCAACUUCCAAAAUGUCCAAAAUUAGGGGCCAUUUUCUAAUGAAAAUCAUAUUAUGUACUCCUGUGACAUUAACCUAGAGGCAUACCAGCAUAUGUGCUAAUGUUUUUAAAAGAUAAAUGUUUAAUUUGUACUAUUUUUCAGGAUUAUUUACCUGUAAUGGCGUAAAAAGCUGAUAGGAAAUUUUUUUAAAGUUAUUAUUCAAUAUAUAUAUUUAUUUUGCAAUAUUCCUGAUUAUUUGGUCUGUGUAUAUAUAAAUGACUUCACCAAUUGUCAUUUUGUAAUAUAGACUGGUAAAUAUUCUUUAUCACAUUUAUUGAUGAAUAACAUAUGGCAGAAGCACAAACAAAAUGGCCGCCAAUUUGACCAAAUAUUUAAAUGCUCAUAACUUUCUUAUUUUUACUCCGGUUUUGAAAAUUCUUUCACUUUGUUAAAUGAUUUAAGAAAUCCCAGCAGACGAAAUUAACAUAAGAACAUCGUUACCUUACCCUUUAAUUGGAACACAACAGUUGUUAUAUUUCAAGAGGAAUAAUUUCAUAGUUUUUAAUCAGUGACACUUCUGUUCGAUUAAGAGUAUUUAGAUUUAUUUUAACAACCUUCUGAUGUUUUUGUUGUAAUUCUUAUAUGCCUUAUUUGUAGUGAUAGUUGAUCAAAUAUAGAAGCCAUAUUUCUUGGUCCCAGUAAGGUUAUUGUAAAGUCUGUGUGUCCUGUUAAAAAUUACCGCGAUACUGCAGACUGUGUUAUUUUUGCAGACUUCUUUAGUGAUAUCUUGCUUGGUAGCCUUAUUCAGUGUUAAGAAUUCUUGAAAUGGGAGUGACGCGGUACAGUUUAAAUAUGCACAUCUCUUUUUUUUUUAAUUCAUGAGUGUCAUUAUUCACAAAUUUUAGUGAAAAUAAAACCCUGUUGAGUAUUAUCAAGUCUAGUUCACUAGUAUUUUACAAUUAACCCUUACCAUGCUAAAUUUCUAUAAUGGACUGGUCCAUCAUCCAAUUUGGGCAGUACCAUUUAUCAUUUGAAGGGGUGUUUACUAAAUAUUUACUGACUGAAUAGCGAACAGUGCAGACCAUGAUCAGACUGCACGGAUGUGCAGGCUGAUCUUGGUCUGCACUGGUCGCAAAGGCAGAAUCACUUGCCGCCAGCAAGCUAAGGGUUAAAUAUUUUAAGCAUAAACUUAAGAAAUUAUCAGAUUACUAAUAUUUUUGAAAAAUUGUGGUUGUCAAAUAAAGAAAGAUUAUAUGUACGAAAAAACAUUGUAAAAAAGAUAAUUCAGUUUUCAGUAUGCAGGUCAUUUUCUUUUUUGCCUUCAUUCAAUACAUUAUUAAUUAGAAUAAAUGAAUUUUAAAACUUGGUGAUGUGUAUCAUUUUGUCGUUUAUAAUGAUUAUACUGCUAUUAAACUUUGUUUAAAAAUAAA